UUGGAAUAUAUAAUACAGUCACUCAAUAAUGCAGUUUUUAUAAUAAACACUGUGAUCUUCCUGGGAAUUCUUGAAGACAACUUGCAUUUGUCUAUCACCACGCUUCAGCCUUUGCGAAUGCAGUGAAGGAAAAUUGACAUUUUCCAAAAUAUCGACCCUGAAAUGAAAAUUUGAAAUGAGUAGGCGGCAUAGAAAAAGAAAAUCAAUAGGCCAUAAUAGGUGAAGUCAAAAAAGAUGUCGACAAGCCCACUAUUCCCACCUAUGUUUUGUUUGCUUCCCUCCGUUUGCUCUCCCCAAUAGAUCCCCCCCUCUUUCAACACUGGAGCUUGUUUCAUUCUCAACUUUUCUUCCUUUUUUAUUUUAUCCUGAUAAACUCCUCUUCUAUCUAUUAACAUUGUGUUCCCAAUCAUGAGCUCGGGCAUUGAACUCAAUUCUCAGUUACCUGAGAAGUUGCAGCAGACGACUCUUGCUCUACGCACCGUUGCACGCGUCAACAAAGACAUUGGCGAUUAUUAUUCCCAGACUUACACACAGGCUCCGGAUUACUUGACUACCAGAUCAUGGCUUUCAAAACCAGAGAUUCCUUCCUCUGAUGAGAUCCUAGGAACAGAGGAUGAUCUCUUGGAGACGGUGGAGGAAUUCGUGGACCUUGCUACAAAUAAGAUCAUAGGGCCUUGGGGCUCGAAGGAAGAAUAUUUAAAGACUCAUUAUGAGCUUCUUCGAGAAGAAGCAGUUGCUCCCCUGCGAGACGCCGUGGCAAUCUUCCGAAAUGACCCCGAUAUGGACGACAACAAAGAUCUCUCCGUCUAUGAAAAGGUUCAUGUUAUAGGAUUGACCUUUGCUCGACGAGGAUUAGGUUUCAAAGUCCAAUUUUCGACAAAUAGGGCACGCAGAAACAUCGCCUGGGAGUAUUCGAAACGGUUGGUCAGUGGCUCGAUGGUUGCACUAUCCCCCGUUUAUGAUGCCUUCCAAACGAAGUGCGUUAUUGCAAUUGUUGCAGCUAGACCCUUGGACGGCGUGAAGUUAUGCCCUCCCGAGGUUGAUCUAUUCUUUGCAGACCCGGCAGAUGCGGACUUUGACCCUCAACUGGAGUGGACCAUGAUAGAGGCAAAGCAGGGGUAUUAUGAAGCGUCCAGGAAUACCAUGACAGCUCUCCAAAAGCUAAGUCGAGAAAAUUUUCCGCUUUCAGAGCAUAUCUGCUUUCUAGACCCCGAGACCACCGCUCCCCAAUACGUGAAAGAUAAGCCUGUUGCUGAGAUAAACUCAGUCGUCAACGAUUCAGGGCAGGAGGGAAAGAUUGACAUUUUGGAAAAUUGGCCUCAAUCACCACCCGCGGACCUCGAUGCAACACAAUGGGCAGCCUUGGAGCAGAUGCUCACAAAGCAACUAGCCAUUAUCCAGGGCCCUCCAGGAACUGGAAAGACUUAUGUCUCCGUUCUUGCUUUGCGAGUAAUUCUUGCCAACAUGAAACCAGAUGAUCCGCCUAUCAUCAUUGCCUCACAAACAAACCAUGCUCUAGAUCAGAUUUUGACACACGUUUCUCGCUUCGAAAGACAGUAUGUCCGUCUGGGUGGUAGAAGCAGUGACCCGGAGAUUAAGAAGCGCACGUUAUUCGCCGUUCGACGUAACGAACCUACGCCCAACGUCGUUGGUGGGACCCUCGGGAAUACCCAUAAGAACAGCAAAAGAUUGUUCAAUUCUAUCUCGGAAAUUUUGCAACCGUUCAAUGUUGCAAGUUCUGACCUACCUCUUCCGUCCACAGUGUUCCAGCAGUAUGGCCUUUUGACAGCGAAGCAAUGUGACUCCCUCAAGAAAGGUGCCGAACGCUGGGUGAGCGCUGGCAAAGAGAAUGAUGACAUUGACCCGUUGGUGACUUGGCUUGGGGACCAGGCAGUCGAAUUUGAAGUCAAGUAUAUAUUGGAGAACUUUGGCUUUGCUACGGAUGAAGUGGACCUUGAGUAUGAGCAGCUAAAGGAAUUCGAGGCGGAGCAGGGCAUCGGCGAUGAUGAGGAGUUCGAAACCCUUAGAGGCUCAUUCACACAUCUUCGAGAAGGCUUUUAUGGGAAGCAUAGCUCACAAUCCGGUGGGACAGGUCGUUGUAAAUACCUCGACUACGACGAUAUGUGGAAAAUCCCAUUGAAAGAGCGUGGAUUUGUCUAUAACGAACUUCGAAACCAGCUCAAAGGGAAGGCAUUGCCCAAGUUCCGCCAACUUUUGGCCGAGUAUGCGAAAAAUUCCAAAAACAUGCAGAUUGGCGAAUGGGAAAGGGACCAUCUCGUUCUUCAAAACGUCAAAGUUCUGGGUAUGACGACAACUGGAUUAAGCAAAUAUCGCGCACUUGUUUCAAGUUUGAAGCCACGGACUGUUUUGAUUGAGGAAGCGGCAGAGGCGAUUGAAGGUCCCAUUGCUGCGGCAUGUCUAGAGUCGCUCCAGCAAUUGAUUCUCGUGGGCGACCACUUACAACUUCGUGGACAUUGCUCGGUGCAAGAUCUGGAAGGAGACCCCUUCUACCUUGACGUGUCGAUGUUCGAGCGUCUCGUCAAGAACGGGAUGAAAUAUGUUACUCUUCGCUACCAACGAAGAAUGGCACCUGAGAUCCGGCAAUUGUUGGCACCUAUCUACGGCCCCCUGCAAGACCACCAAUCGGUAACUAAGCAUGAAGAGGUGCCAGGAAUGGGGACCAUCCGUUCAUACUUUUUCUCUCACGACUGGCCUGAGAGCUUUGACGACAUGGCAUCAAAGUACAACGAGAAGGAGGCCCAGAUGGUGGUGGAGUUCUUCGUUUAUCUAGUCCUGAACGAUAUUCCGGUAAAAAACAUCACGGUACUCACAUUUUACAAUGGGCAGCGGAAAAAGAUCUUGAAAUUAAUGAAAACCCAUUCAUACCUUCAGGGACAGUACAUCAAUGUGGUCACUGUCGACUCCUACCAGGGAGAGGAAAACGAAGUUGUGAUCCUUUCCCUCGUUAGGAACGGAAGACAUGGCAUUGGGUUCUUGUCAAUUGCGAAUCGAGUCUGCGUUGCGCUUUCUCGAGCUCGCAGAGGGUUUUACAUGUUUGGGAAUGCUGGUAUGCUCGCCACCGAUGAGCUAUGGGACCAAGUCCUAUCUAUACUACGCAGUAGGAGCCCAGAGCCACAAGUUGGGCACAGACUCCCGUUGACAUGCGUAAAGCACAAAAAUAGGACAUAUGUAAAAGAUCCGGCCGACUGGAGCAAGACGAAUGGUGGGUGCGGACUUGCAUGCGGAGAGACAUUGAACUGCGGUCACAGAUGCAGUAUGCGAUGUCAUAGUUUUUCACACAACAAAAUCCAAUGCAACGAACCCUGCAAUCGUCGCAAGGCAUGCAAGCACAUUUGCAAGGUGCCUUGUGCAACCGUCCACACUUGCUCGUGUGACUGUGAAGAAAGCAAGCGCCUCAAAGCCCUCGAGCAGGACAGCGCUGGAGGUGAAGGUGGAUUGGUUGGGGCGAUGACCGAAGACAGGCGAGUCAGCGAGCAACAGGCGGCCAUUGAGGGCUACCAAGCAUAUGCAAAGGGCGGUGCAAAGGAGCACGAUGCUAUUCUCAACCAGAUAGCGGGGCUUGAGCAGCAAAGCCUUUCGACAAGCCUUGAAUCGCAUGCUGAGGAGGAUCUCAUUCCUGGUACUUCUUGGAAUGCGCCCAGUCCUGGUGCACAAGACGGUAACAAGCAAGCGAAGCCCAAUCCGCAGCCGGAAAUCAACCUUCUAGAUGAUUGGUAG